AUGGCACUUAGCCUGGUUCUAAAGACAUUCACUGCAGCAGGACUUGCAGGCACUUAUCUUCCCUCCAGCUUUUGCUCGCAAGACGCCCAAAUUCCUCCCAUCGCCUUGGACAGCGAGCCUGGACGAGGAAUUGGUGUCAUUGCGACGCGUCUCAUCCCCGCCGGUAGCAUCAUUCUUAAGGAGGAAGCCAUUUUGACCGUGCCAGAUUUCCCAGACAAAGCCAUAACACCAGACAUCAUCACAAACCUUGUGGAGAAAUACACCAACCUACCUCCUGCAAUGCGCCAGCAAAUUCUAGGCCUAUAUGCACACACCCGUCCAGUACAGGACAGGACCAUACGCAGCUUUCUCAUUGCCGGCGAUAGUGACUUCAACCUCACGGGACCACAAGUCGACUUCAUCCUUCGUCUGCAUUCGAGUUUUGCCACCAAUGCGUUCGAGAAAACCACUCCAUUGACCAGCUCACUAUACCUCGGGGCUAGUCGUUUCAACCACUCCUGCCUCCCCAACUGCGACUCCGAUCACACGCUGGAGGGCAGCUUGACUACGAUCACAGUCUGCUCUAGUCGCGAUAUCCAGCCGGACGAGGAGAUUACUAUUUCCUACCUGAACAUCUACGACCCCCGCGACCAACGACAAGCUUGUACAAGGCUCCUCUGGGGAUUUUCGUGCAACUGUCCCGCUUGCGACACGGCCGAUCCCACAGUGGACACUGUUGUGCAUGAACAGAGGCUGGCCGAAUACCUUCAACUGAAACAAGACUCGUAUCUCAAAAUGUCCGCGAGUGCCAGGGCAAAUGUAAUGUCCCUCAAGGACCUCGAUGAGGUGCUUAGCCGGUCGACUCAGCGAGCUCAGAUCGCUGAGACGCUGGGAGACAACUACAAUGUGUUGCGGGAGUAA